GCUCUAGAGGCUGGUAAUUGAAUUGCCCGGAGAGAGAGAGAGAAAGAGAUGCUUCCCGACAUUAAUGUCGUUUCACCAUCGUUGUAGAUUUUGUUGCAGAUAGAUUACCCACCCGUGUGCAACGCCAUUAAUGCCCGAUCCAUCCUCUUUUUCAUCUCCUCCUCCAAUUGUUAAUUCUCUCUCUCUCUCUCUCUCUUUCUCUCUCUGGCUCCAUGGAUACUCUGUUUUUCUCUCUUCUUCUACUCUUCCCAUCACUCUCUCUCCUCCUAUUCUUCAUCCACUCUUCCCGUUUUACUCAAAGGAGCCGUCGCCUUCCGCCAGGUAACUCCGGCCUUCCACUAAUCGGCGAGACCCUUCAAUUAAUCGCCGCCUACAAGACUGAAAACCCGGAACCCUUCAUAGACCAACGGGUAGCCCGAUUCGGCACAAUUUUCACCACCCACAUCUUCGGCGAACGGACGGUCUUCUCAGCCGAUCCGGAAACCAACCGGUUCAUCGUUCAGAACGAGGGCCGGCUGUUCGAGUCGAGCUAUCCCGGUUCAAUCUCGAACCUUCUUGGAAAACACUCUCUUCUUCUUAUGAGAGGAAAUCUCCAUAAGAGAAUGCAUUCUCUCACUAUGAGCUUCGCUAAUUCUUCCAUUUUAAGAGACCAUCUUCUGCUCGACAUAGACCGCCUCGUCCGUCUCAACCUCGAUUCUUGGACCGGCCGUGUCCUGUUAAUGGAAGAGGCCAAGAAGAUAACUUUUGAGUUGACAGUGAAGCAGCUAAUGAGUUUUGAUCCAUGUGAAUGGACGGAGAAAUUGAGGAAAGAGUACAUGCUUGUUAUUGAAGGAUUUUUUUCCAUCCCUCUUCCUCUUCUUUCCCCAACUUACCGUAGAGCCAUCAAAGCGAGAGGGAAGGUGGUGAAGGCAUUGAGGCUGGUUGUGAGAGAGAGAAGGAGAGAGGUUAUCAUGAAGAAGGACAUGCUGGCGGCUUUGUUGGAGGAGGACGGCGGUGGUGGUGGCGGCGGCGGUGGAGGGUUGUCUGAGGAGGAGAUAGUUGAUUUCAUGUUGGCUUUGUUGGUGGCUGGAUAUGAGACCACUUCUACAAUCAUGACACUAGCCGUCAAGUUUCUUACUGAGACCCCUCUCGCUUUGGCCCAGCUAAAGGAAGAGCAUGAAGCAAUAUUAAAAGCAAAGAAAGUUGGAUCGGAAUCAGAAGCUGUGGAAUGGGAUCAUUAUAACAAAUCAAUGCCCUUCACCCAAUGUGUUGUGAAUGAGACAUUGAGAGUUGCCAACAUUAUAAGCGGGGUAUUUAGGCGAACAAUAGCUGAUGUGAAUGUUAAGGGUUACACGAUCCCAAAAGGAUGGAAGGUUUUUGUUUCGUUUAGGGCAGUUCAUAUGGACCAACAACAUUUCAAGGACGCUCGAACUUUCAAUCCUUGGAGAUGGCAGGAUCAAAACAUGAUCACUAACAUGUCGGGAUUAGGCGCCAACAACAACAAUACUUAUGCGCCAUUUGGGGGAGGGCCAAGGCGGUGCCCAGGUUCUGAUCUUGCUAGGGCUGAGAUAUCCGUCUUUCUUCAUCAUCUCGUCACUCGAUUCAGUUGGGUUCCUGCUGAGGAUGACAAGCUAGUGUUCUUCCCCACUACCAGGACGCAGAAACGAUAUCCCAUCAUUGUCAAACGCAUACAACGCCAUUCUUCUUCUUAAAAGUUUUUAAAUUUAAUUAAGAGCUAGCUAUAUUAUAUAUAGGAUUAUUAAUUAAUUAAUUAAUCUUCCUAUAUAUAUUAUAUAUUUGGAUGGGUUUGUAUUAGGAAAUAACCAUAUGUUUCUUUUUAAUUAUCAAGUAUCAUCAUCAUCUAUAUAUAAUAGUAAAAUAAUGUGAUCAUGUUUUGUGUAUAUCUCUUUUACUAUAUUAUAUUAUCUUUUCC